AUGUCCUUUUCUUACCACUGUGUUGGGCAGAGCAGGAUGUACAGGGAAAUCGUUGAGGUCGGCGGCACGGGCAGGAAGAAAUGCUGGCAGAUCGUUCUCCUCCUUUCCCUGGCUCUGCUUCCUGUCGUGCUGACGAAGACCAUCCCGACUCUGCGAGCAGCUCACGAGGGCGCCAAGACGAGCAAGGAGGUAGGGGCAAGGAGGAAACUCAGUUUCCAUGAGGAGAUGAUUGCCGGGGCCCUGGCUCGCGCUGCUGCUCAGUGCGUCAUGUACCCGGCCGAUGUGCUCAAGACCCUGGCUCAGACUCGGCGCUCUGGGGGCUCUCCUCCGACUCUGGGGAGCAUAACCAAGGCUCAACUGCUCAAGGGCUCACUGACUACCUCUGUCUUGGCUCUGCCUGCUGGUGCGAUCCAGUUCAGCGUGUUCAGAUUGCUCAAGGACGAGGGACGUGAGUUGGCGCCCCCUUGGAUCAGCACGGCGAGCAUCGAGCUCAUGGCAGCGGCAGUGGCGGCGGUGGCAGCGUGUGUGGUGCAGACCCCUCAAGAAGUUAUCAAACAGAGGAUGCAGGCAGGAAUUUAUCCUUCCUUCAUGCAGGGAGUUGCCUCGUUGCUGAGAAGUGAAGGCCUGCGAGGAUUCUACACAGGAUUUCUCCCAACGGUCGCAAGGAACACUCCGACCGUCUGCAUCUCCUUCACGGGCUUCGCUCGCCUCAAGGAAGCCUACGGCGACUGA